AUGCAAUAUCCAACGGAAGUCGAAAUAAUUUCAGCCAUAGACCGCUACCGCCAAGAAGUUGAGCAGCACAACAGGCGUGCCUUUACAAGAUUUGUAGAACACGCCGAGUCAGCGGGACAAAACACGGCGAAAAGCCUCGAGCAGAUUUCCGAAGCACGUCAGAGAUUUCUAUACCGCCUUCUGUGCUUCUCUCGCCCAGAGAGGCUGCCGCAAUCACUCUGCAUCGAUACACCCGCCGAUGUUUUCACAAAAUGGACACAGUUGGUACGCGCUUUCGAGCUGGAUGGUGUACGCAUUGGCGAGGAUGGAGAGACACGGGCAGAACAGCGUGAAGUGUAUAAACGCGGGAUCAUGAAUGGCCUCCAAGAUACAACGACCGAGUAUCAAGACGAGACAGGAGAAGAUGCAGAGUUGGAAUUUCCUCAGGACUUCUGGAGCCUCAUGGGUGUUGUCGACAGCCUUGUGGGCCACGGCUGGCCACAGUACCGCGAGGAAGGCCAGCAGAUUCGAUUUUGGGAUGGCUUAGGCGAGGAAGAGGGUGAGGUAGAGGACCGCCUGGUGGAUCCCGAGGAUAUCGCCGAGCAGCUCGAAGAGUGGGAUGUUAUGGCGGGCUGGGAGUCGGGCAGCGGGCCCGAGACCACUUGCUAUAUUCUUUUUUGUCGUUCUAGGGAUGACGAACGCAAGGGCUGGGCAUGGCGGUACGUGGCAGACAUGGGUCAGUAUGGUACCGAAGUGUUUGACAAUGUUGUCGAGUUGCUUCAGUGGUAUGAGACGCUCCACAAACCAGACCUAGAAGACUUGGAUGUAUGGAUGAGGGACAUUUUCAAAAAUUAG